CAGCAGCAGCGGCAGGAUGGGGGGCGUGGGGCUCCUACACCUGCUCCUGCCAGCGCUGGGGGCUCUGCUGUGUCUCUCCACGCCGGCACUCACCAGGCUCGUCGGCUCCUGGAUGAACCUUGGUCUACAGGGCUACGAGGUGUGGCGGAACCCCCAGAUCUACCUGAUCGGUGCUCAGCCGCUGUGCACCCAAAUUCCUGGCCUGUCCCUAGGCCAGACCAAGCUAUGCCAGUUGUACCAGGACCACAUGGGCAGCGUGGGUCGUGGUGCCAAGACUGGGAUCCAUGAGUGUCAGUGGCAGUUCAGGCACCGACGCUGGAACUGUUCCACCGUCGAUGACUCCACAGUCUUCGGACCAGUUCUUCAGAUACCGAGCCGAGAGGCAGCAUUUGCUCAUGCCAUAGCAUCAGCGGGUGUAGUGCACAGUGUAUCGCGGGCGUGUAGGGACGGCCAGCUCACCACCUGCGGCUGCUCCCCCGCCAGGAGACCCAAGGACCUCAACAAGGAAUGGAUCUGGGGCGGCUGUGGUGACAAUGUGGAGUAUGGAUACAAAUUCGCUCAGGGAUUCGUUGAUGUUCGUGAACGCGAGAAGAACUACAAGCGUGGGUCUUUGAAGCAAGGCCGCCAGCUGAUGAAUCUUCACAACAAUGAGGCAGGCAGGAGGGCUGUCAUCCGUAAGACCCGUGUAAACUGCAAGUGCCAUGGAGUGUCAGGAUCCUGCUCUCUCAUUACAUGUUGGCAACAAUUGGCACCAUUUAGGGAGAUUGGUGAUCUGCUGAAGGAUAAAUAUGAUGGUGCAACUGAAGUCAAGAUCAACCGUCGUGGUAAACUGCAAGUGAAGCAUCCCCAGUUCAAUGUACCCACAGGAGAGGACCUGGUGUAUCUUCAUGAGUCACCUGAUUACUGCAAUAGAAAUACUACUGUUGGUUCUCUUGGAACGCAAGACCGUAUAUGCAACAAGACUUCGCAAGGUAUGGAUGGAUGUGGGCUGCUAUGCUGUGGACGUGGUUACAACUCCCAGAAAGUUACUGUGAGGGAAAGGUGCCACUGCAAGUUCCACUGGUGCUGUUUUGUUGAAUGUAAAACAUGUGUUCGAGUUGUUGAUCUCCACUCAUGCAAAUAAUGAUGGAAGAUAACACUUUUAUCAACCGGUAAACGUUUGUGCAAAAGUGAUAAACAAUCAUCACAAUGCAUUAAGUUUUGAGAACUCAUCUUCAUUGAAUAAAGUGAAAUAAAGUGAAAAGAGGGAUUUGGAAUACAAUAUAUUUUUUGCACAAUAUAUGGUCCUUGAAAGUUUUCAACUUUUGUAAACAUUAAUUAUUAAAGCUGUGUGAAGUUGAAUGACACUUUACACAUAAUUCAGGCUUUAAGAUAGUAAUUGGAAAAUAACUUAGUUAUAGCCUUGAAUAGUGCUAAGAACUAAGUAGGUGUAAAGUACUUAACAUAUACAGUGCAGUUUUUUUGAACUGAAGCACACUCCUGAGUACAGAUAUUAAUUUGUAAAUAAUACAGAGGAAUGAAGGGGUUAUCAUAUUAAUAUAUAUUAAAAAUAGUGAAAACAAUACUCAUAUCAGGUCUCCAAUAAUGUAUAGUUGAUAUGCCAGAGCAUGGCAAGUACCCAGCAAUAUUAAGAGCAUCAGACUUAGCCUCAGUGUUAAGAUUGUUCAUAAACCACAAGCCUAUGGUGUUGUGUUUUACCACUAUUUUGAACAUUAUUAGCCAUAGAAGAAGAGUUUUAUUGGUGGUCGUAAAAGAACUAUAACAAUAUCAAAAUUAACCAGUUGUAAAGUUACUAAUUAUAUUGUAGGAAAUGAGCAGCUUUUGAUGUUCCAUUAUGUGCAAUGUUUAAUACAGAAGGAGUGGUUCUAUGAAAAUACCUAGAAGAUAGAACAUGCCUCCUGUCCUUUACAUGAAUCAUUAAGUGGAAAUGGUUCAUAUAUUAUAAACAAGUGUACAGUACAUUUAUGUAGUGAACUUCACAUAUAUUUACCUCUUGUAGUAGUCAUGAAGGUGUCCAGUGGCAGCUUUUAUCUAUUGUACAGUGUGUUUGUAAAUACCGUAUAUAGAGUAGUAUAUUGUAGUAGGAGAUCUUUUAAAUGUCUGUUAGUUUACCAGUUAAUAAUGUGUGUAGAAGCUGCUAUACCUAAGUAGUACAGCUCCUGAGUGGGCUUGGAUCUGCUUGUCAUUAUCAUCAGUCCCCUUUAUGCUGAGACUUUAGGUGUUUUAUCACCUGCCAAAUACCACCCUACCAUGAAUACAAGUUGCCAUAUAGCUGUAGAAAGGUGCCAUAUGAGUACUUAACAAUGGCUGACUCAACUGGUACACUAGACAUGGCAACAUGAAAGAGUCAGUCAGCUGUCCUGUAGUAAGGUUAAAGUAAGGCCUCCAAUUUAGGAAGAUGUGAAAGAUUCUUUUAACUAUGUAGAAUAUUUAGUGAGAAUAUUUAGACAAUUCCUUGUUGUGUACCUCACUUAUCAGGGAAUAUAAUUUGUAUAUUGAUUAUUACAUCAAGCUUAAAAUGAUCAAAUUAAUGUUAUCAUUUUAUACAAUGUGUCACUUCAAACACUACAGUAAACCCCUGUUAAACUGGACUGACUGGGGUGAAAACUAAUACCAUUAUACAAACAUCCAUGUUCCAUUAAGCAAGAAAUUAAAUGUACUGCCAGAAAAAUAUUGAUGUGCUAAAACAUAAGAAUGUAUGAGCUAACUUGUUCACACCCUUAGAGGGCUCGGGGUAAAGGGUGAAGGGGUCGGGUAGAUUAUGUCUUGGGGAGGAUCAGGUGGUAUCUCCUUGGGUGAGUAAAAAAUGCUGUGGUGUUUCAAGUUUAUCAGCAGUCAGUGCACUAGUUUUAGACUUGUAUUACUAUAACCACUACCUAGUAUACUCAUCAUUGUGUUGAAAUAGUGGGUACCUAACAUACACACAAAAAACAUAAACAAAGAAACAAAUACUGUAGCAUUAAAGCAUACAAGUUCUAGAGUGGAGAGAAUAAAUGAAACCAACUAGGUCAAGAGGUGGAGGGAAGGACAGCCAAGGGUAGGCCAAGAAUGACACAGGGUGAGGUUUUAAGAAAUGGCUAUUAGAAUUAGAAACCUGGCAAGAGACCUGCAGCGUGGAGAGCUGCCAUCGGGUAACCAUGGCUAACCCACACAAAUGUGGAAAAUGGCCAUAUAACGAUGAGGAUUACAGUAUAAUAGCAUGCCACAAUGAUGACACA